CGCCGCCUCCCACUCCUCACUCCAUCACCUCACUCACUCCCACAGUAGCAGCAGCACAGCGACAUCUCUAGUCCAUCUUCUCGUAGAGGAGCGAGCGAGGAGAAGAGCAGAGGCGAGCAGCGAGAUGGCGAGGUCUGCGAAGAUGAUGGCGGCGGCGGCCCUGCUGGUCCUGGCGGUGGCGGCGGCGACGACGGCCGAGGCGAGGAACAUCAAGACGGCGGAGAAGAAGGACGACGCGGUGGUGCAGCCGCAGACCUUCCCGCCCUUCGACCGCCUCGGCGGCGGCCUCCCCGGGGCCGGAGGCAGCAGCAUCCCGGGGUUCUCCAUGCCCGGCAGCGGCGGGCUCACCCCGGGCUUCAGCCUCCCCGGCUCCGGCAGCAUCGGCAGCAUGCCCCUCUUCGGCGGCGGCGGCUCCCCCUUCAGCGGCUUCGGAGGCAUUCCCGGCUCCCCCGCCGCCGGCGGCUCCGUCCCCGAGCACUCCAACAAACCCUGAAGAAGCUCGCCGGAGAGCGUGGCCAGCGUGGUGGUGGAGUGAUGCCAUAGUGCGUCGUGGUCGUCGUCGUGCGUGCAUGCAUGCGUGGUCGGUUUGGUUGGUUGGUUGGUUUCCAGUUCAUCUGUGCAGUUAGCCUUGCACCGUACGUCGUCUAGCGAUAGCUUUGUGUUCUACUGCUUCUAGUUACCUGCUUGCCUUGCAUUGGAGAGAGUUGGGAUAUGUUGGUUGUGUUUGGUUUGUUGUUUGGUUAUUAGGUCAUCGAUGGUGUUGUGUUCUUGGUGUUGUAAUGGUGGUGAUGUUCUCUUGGGGCAUGAAUAAUGCUACAUGUGAUGUGUUUGUGUUGUGGGAUUUGUUGUAAUGUAAGCUAAUUAAGCUUUUGUUGUCAUUAUGAUACUCUAUGUUAUGAAUGGUUCACGCUUA